AUGGAGUACGUCGCCAAGGCUACCGAUCUCGUCAAGAAUUUUAAGGAGACCAGGCUUUCUACCUUGAAGCCGCCUCAAGAAUUUUUCGAUCACCGCCAACUCUCGCGACCCCAAGAUUUCAACGAGGCCACCUCUAGAUUGACCUACAACACGAGACAUUUCUCCGGUAACUAUCUCAUUGUGAUUGCCGUUCUCAUCAUCUAUGCCUUGUUGACAAACCCUUUGUUGCUGAUCGCUAUCGUAUUCUUCGCUGGUGGAUUUGCUGCCAUCAACAAGUUCGUCCCCGAACCCCUCCAAGUCGGCGACCACCUCAUUACCCAAAAAUCCCUCUACACCGCCCUAUUCGUCAUCGGUAUCCCCAUCCUCUACAUCGCCUCCCCCGUCUCCACCUUUUUCUGGCUCGUCGGAAGCUCGGCCAUUUUGAUCUUGGGCCAUGCGGUUUUGAUGGAACCUGGAGUGGAGAGCGAGUAUGCUGGUGUUGAGAGCGUCUAG